AAGUAUGGCUAAGGAAAAAAGGACUAAACCAUGCUCUAAUUGCAAGAAGUCAAAAGUUAAAUGUAUAUACUCGAACAACUUACCAUGCGAGCGUUGUGUUAAAAUUGGACAAGCAGUUAAUUGCCAAUUUGUUCCAAAACUUCCUUCAUUAAAACUUCCCCUGAUACCUCCACAACCUCAAGCUAUACGGCCAGCCCAAGAUGAUAUACGACUUCCUCCAUUGAACUCUUUUACAAAUCAUAUCCAGCUUCCAGCUUCGCACCAUCAUCAAGCUAAUGCAACUUCGUCAGACAAGUUACCGCAACGGCCCAACGCCAUGACAGCAGCGAAUAAAAUAGCUGGAAAUCCUCAACCACUUCAGAACCCCGCUGUAACUACUCUGGCACAGAAUCCCAUUUCAAACGCAAUACCUCAAUAUAUGGUGCAGCAUGUACCGCAACCUAACAUGUCAGUUUUGCCAAAUGAAGAUAUAUCCGAAUCUGAGCAGCACUGGAAAACUCAGAUGGAAAACAAAAUAAAUGGAUUCGAUAAUAAACUUAAUGAUUUAGUUGAUAUCCUUAAAUCAAAUCAACGUUUUUUAAUGGAAAACCAACAGAGAUAUGGUCAGCCACAAUUACAAUACCCUACAUCUUACCCUCCUCAAAAGGGCCCCAUAGAUACACACGGACAUUCUUCCUCACAUGCUAAUGCAUCCCACAUUUCCCAUUAUGAUUCACUACCUAGUUCAAGACCAUACUCACCCGAUCCAACAAACGAAUCCGUACCAAGUCAAUAUUAUAACAGAGAACAAUACUCACAGCAUUACCCAUCCCACAGUCUUCCCUCAAACGACUUUCCAAAUACAAAAAGGCGUCAUUCACACUAUGUCGAAGAUUCAAAGAAAAGACCCAAAUUUAUAGACUCUGAUAGAGAAUCUGACGACGAUAAAAGAGAUAUUAACUAUCCCAAAGACUUCCGAGAUGGAUUUUUAGACAAAUCUCAAGCGAAAGAGCUAUUUAAAUUUUUUGAUACCAAUAUAUCUCCUCAACUAUUUGGGUUUGAGAUUUCAAGAUUCCUGGUGGAUUCUAUUUGGGAAUCCUCACCUAUUCUCAUAUGUGCUAUAUGUACUAUUGCAUCCAUGCAUCAUCCUGAUCAGACUCUUUCUUCGAAGCUGUACAAACUUCAGGAGUACCUUCAUAUAUCAUGCAGUGAGUUACUUUACAAAGGAAGGCCUGUCAAUGAACUUGAUGGCUUCAAUACAAUUAUGGCAUUAAUUCUUUGCAGCUUUUGGUUGUCAAACGCACAAAUGUUUACCGGAUUAGCUUUACAAAUUGCUAAGGAGAUUGGACUUACUGAUUCUGUAACCAAUCAUAAUUAUAAAAAAAGUGGAGGUUUGAGUAAGAGAGACCGAUUAAAAUUAUGGUAUUUGUUAUACGUCUUAGAUGGACAACAAAGUUUGACUUUUAAUAGGCAAAGAUUGGUUAGCUCAGACGAAUAUUCCCUUAAGCAUAGUAAAAGCAUACUUAUAAAUGAUAAUUUAACUUCUUUAACUCACAUGGAACGUUCUCCUUCUCAAAUUGAAAACGGAGACACAGAGGCCACAAACAAUAAAAACGAAGACUCUAAAAGUCAACCUAAAGAUUCCGUUGUUACCAUUAACAAAGAAGUUUCAUCACAAAAAUUUACGGAUAUGAGACUUGUAUCACAAGUUGAAUAUAAUCAAGCUUUAAAUGAGGCAUUUAGGGGCGAGGCUUGGGACCUAUUAGCUCCCUCAUCUUUGGGAAUACCCUCGAAAAGUAAUUUGGAAUUAGAUAGAUGGAUGGUUUCGUGGGCUGUCUUACUCUCACCGGUAAACAAUGGGGCUGUCUGGUCUUCCAAGUCUACUCUUAUCUAUUACAAUUUCGCCAAGAUGCAUAUCAACUCUGCUGCUGUAAGGCAAUUGAAAAUGGAUACUGGUGACGAGAAUAGGGUCAUUCUCCCUCGUUGGAAUAAUUCAACAAGCAAUGGUCCAGUGAGAGCUAACUCGAAGGUCCAUUUAGGAAAGAAGUUCAAAAACAUUAAAUCCACCAAUGAAGAAGAUUCGGACGAUUCUUCAGACAGUGAUGAAGAUUUUGUAUCCAACCAUGAAUUGAUAUCAGACAACGAAGCAAUAGUCAGUGCAAAUAUUGCUGUUACUGCAGCUCAAACUGUGCUCAAUCUUGUCUUAAAUGAUAAAGAUAUUCUAAAUAACUUGAAAUACGUUCCCGUCCACAUUCAUAUAAUGCUAUAUUACGCAGCAUUAUUAUUGAUCAACCCUCCUGUAGAGUCUGCUAAUAAAGAUGCUGAUUCAAAAUCCACCCAUUUAUUCAAAAUGGUGAACAACUUGAAAAUAGUCAAGAUGUUGCAAAGAAAAAUAUAUUUAAACUGCCCUACAGAUAAAAGUUUCGGUGAUCGAUUAAUAAGAAGUUUGGACGAUCUAUCUCAGGAAAAAUUGACUAAACUCAAGGACGAAAUUAAUGAUAUCGGAUCUGAUGAGCCCUUAGAUCCUGAAACUAAGUCUCAAUUAUUUAGACAAUUGAGUGAAAUUACAGAGGCUCUGUAUUCUGAAAAUAUUACGGAGCUCAAUAACAGCUCAGUAGAUGGAAGCAGCAGAGGUUCUUCUCCUGGACCAGAAAAAAUAUCAGCAUGGCCGGGUUCUAACCAUGGUCACCCAUAAAAAACUAUUUUUAUUAUAUAUAUUUGUGUGUGAAUGUAUAUUCAUAUAAUCGCA